AUGCCGAGACAAAAAGAUACCAAGCGGAUUGAUCCGACACGAGCGCGUCAUCCAGGAGAACUCACAGUCGACAGGGAAUCACACAAUGUGUUUAAAGUCAGUGGCAGUCCGAUCAUCAGUCCCAGAUCUAUCCGUCAUUGUCUUGAAGAGCCCGAGUUUGGCACUAAUGGACAGCCACGGAAGCUGUCAAACGGUGGCGUGUUGUUACCGAGUCCGCUAAUUUCCAAGAAAGAUGCUCUCAUAGCAGCUGCUGCUGCUGCUAUUCAGGCAAAAGAAGCACAGAAAGCUCUUGAAGCAGAACAGGCUGCUAAUGCUAGCUUACAGGGACUUUCAGGCGUGCAACUUGUGGUGCAUCAGAUGCUGACUACAUAUACGCGCACGUUGGCUCAACUUGGAGUCGAGAGAGCUGGCUUUCCCAAUACUAGAUUGUCGCUGAAACAGAUUGAGACGAUGCUGAGUCCAGUGGUUACUCUGUGCGGUGCAUUGCGAGCUGAUCAUUUUGGCAUUCAUGUGCCGACUCCGCAGAUUGCACGCACGAUGAACGACGUGCACUACUGGAAGUUGUGGGAGUCAGAUUCUAUCGAUAUUGGCAUCUUUUUUAUGCCGCCGAACAGUACCAUUCCACUGCACAAUCAUCCGGGCAUGAGCGUUGUCACGAGAGUAUUGUACGGUGCUGCUUCCGUGACAUCGUACGAUAUCCUGUCUGAUGCGGAGCUUCAGACCUUGGAAGCAGGAAGUGAAAUUGUUUAUGAGGAUGCUAUGUUCGGUUCAGAUGCGAUCAAUCCAGACGUUGGAUCGGUUUCGUGGGCGCGUGUCAGUCGAGAGGGCAAGUUUGGCCAAGAAACGACCACGUGGUUGGAUCCCCGUCGGUUUAAUUUGCAUAAUAUUCAGGCUAGCUCGGACAUUGGCUGUGCGAUGCUGGACAUAAUGGUGCCUCCUUAUGACAAUGCAAACCGAGAUUGCCAUCAUUUCAAGAUUGUGGAGCAAAAGAUGGUGCACAACAAGCGUAUUGUUAAGAUGCUAGAGUCUAUAAAAUCUGACAACCAUAAGGAUCCUCCCACGAGCGCAACAGAAAAUUCGUCGCCAACAUCUUCGUGA